GGGCCUCUUUCGGAUCACUCCAUCUCUCCGGGCACCCGGGGCUCUGGAGGCUCUCUCUCAUUGCAGUUGGCUCCUCCCGACUAGACUCGGUCAGGAGCUGCCCAGGGAAGGGGCAGAGUCCGGCUGGGAUACCCAGAAAGCGGAUCAUGGCCUUCUUCCUCGGGGCCGCCAGACGCUCUGCCGGGAUGCGGGAGAAAGAGAAGGAAUUGGACAUCUUUUAUUAGGACUUAGCAGGGGUCAAGGGACUCCUCGGUGACCAAAGGUGGAGAGCUGGUUGGGAGGGGUCGAGGGGGCGGUCAGCUUUGUGGAGCGUCACUGGAGAUUCAGAGGAGUGCGCGUGGCGGGUCCGGCCAUUGUGGGAAGCCUGCGGGGCCGGAGAGGCCCCGACUGAGCCGCGCCUUCUGGUUACCAUGGCAGCGGCCCCCUCCCGCUCACCGCAGGAAACUGGUGGGGGGGGUUGAGGGUGCAGUCAGUCGGCAAGUCAGUCCUCGGGGUCGACACACAAGCCCCGCCCCUCGCUCCCCCACCCGUCUCCCUCCCAGCCCGCAGCCUUCCCGCCUGGUUGGCGGAGGGAGGGGAGAAGGGGAGCGGGGCCGUCGUCACAUCCGGACGGAGUGGGCGAGUUCCGGUAUUUCAGGGCGGAGCAGGCGGAAGUAGGGUUGAGAAGCGGCAGCAGCACCGAGCGGAGGAGGCAGCAGCCGGAGCGGGAGCCGGAACGGGGCGGGCACCAUGGCUGGUAUCACCACCAUCGAGGCGGUGAAGCGCAAGAUUCAGGUUCUGCAGCAGCAGGCCGAUGACGCCGAGGAGAGGGCCGAGCGUCUCCAGCGGGAGGUGGAGGGGGAGAAACGGGCCCGGGAACAGGCUGAGGCUGAGGUGGCUUCCUUGAACCGUCGGAUCCAGUUGGUAGAAGAGGAGCUGGACCGUGCUCAGGAGCGCCUGGCUACAGCUCUGCAGAAGUUAGAGGAGGCAGAGAAGGCAGCUGAUGAGAGUGAGAGAGGUAUGAAGGUCAUUGAAAAUCGGGCCUUGAAGGAUGAAGAGAAGAUGGAGCUGCAAGAAAUCCAGCUGAAAGAGGCUAAGCACAUUGCUGAAGAAGCAGACAGGAAGUACGAGGAGGUGGCCCGAAAGUUGGUAAUCAUUGAGGGAGACUUGGAGCGUACAGAGGAGCGGGCCGAGCUGGCAGAAUCCCGUUGCCGGGAGAUGGAUGAGCAGAUCAGACUGAUGGACCAGAACCUGAAGUGUCUGAAUGCUGCUGAAGAAAAGUAUUCUCAGAAAGAAGACAAAUAUGAGGAGGAGAUAAAAAUUCUUACCGAUAAACUCAAGGAGGCAGAGACCCGUGCUGAGUUUGCUGAGAGAUCGGUAGCCAAGCUGGAAAAGACAAUUGAUGACUUGGAAGAUAAACUGAAAUGCACCAAAGAGGAGCACCUCUGCACACAAAGGAUGCUGGACCAGACUCUGCUUGACCUGAAUGAGAUGUAGAAACCCCUUUCCCCCCAGCCCCACCCUGUCGCUGCUCCUUCCACUGACUCUGACUUCGCUGGAGGCCAGCCUGCCUGAAGCUGACCUUUAAACUGAGGGCUGAUCUUUAACCUGAAGGCUGCUUUCUUCUCUGGGUCCUUGCUUACCCUCUCCCCACCCUAUCCCUACCCCCACCUCCCCAUGUCAGUUUCACCAAACUGUCUCUGCAGCUCUCCCCUAGAGAUCCCAGAUGGGCCAAGGGCUGAGCACUUUUGGGAACAACAUUUAAGGGAACAUGAGCACAAUGCAAUAGUGUCUUUAAAAGCAUGUUGUAUGAUGUAUACAUUUUGUAAUUACCUUUUUGUUGUUGUUGUAGCAACUAUUUGUAAGACAUUCCAGAUAAUUCCUCAGCUCCUAGGCUGCAUCUAAUCAUUUCUUUUUGGAUGGUAAAUAUUUCUACCUAAACAAAUUGCCCCUUCUCCAUAGAAGAGGGAAAUCUGUAUUAGCCUGCCCUACUUGAGAACUGAACAUAGCCCGAGAAAAGACUGUGUCAUGGGGAAACUUCAAUGUUCUGUACCAAGCACCAGCCAAACCAGAAAGUCAUUCCAGGAGGAGUUUGCAAAAAAAAAAAAAAAAAAAAAAAAAAAAAAAAAAAAAAAAAAGUGCUGUUCAGGUUUUCAACUUUAAGGUAUCUUGGGAUGUGUUUUUCUUUUUCUUUUUCUUUUUUUUUUUUAAACAUUUGCAUCAGUAGCAAACAAGCCGAUUACACAGACAAGACCUCUUCGAGACCAUAUUAUCUUCCCUCUCCUCAUUCACUCACAGAAUGGAUCAUGUGCCCCAGAAGUUGGAGUGUCUACUCCUAUCCCCACUUCACCUUCUUUGAAAAAUAACGUUUUUUGCCACUGAUUAGCCAAGUGAAGUUCAUCUCAUUACCCAUUAUUGGGUCAGAAGCUGCUGUCUCUAAAAGUGCCAUCUCAUUGUGCUUUUUAUCACUCAGUGCUGGAAAAAUCUUGAAUAGCUUGUGUACAAAACUUUUUUUUUUUAAUUUUAUAUAUAUUAUUUUUGAUGCUUUAUUUCUCUUGGGUGGGGAACAUCAGGACCACUCCUACUCCACCCCACCUCCACCCCCAUCUGGCUGUGAGUGCUCUCUGUUUGCAGUCUGUGGGCUGGCAGUGUGCUGAUCUUUUCCAAUUCCCUUUUCUUUUUGUUCUUUUGUUCUUUUAUUUCUUUUCUUUUCUUUUCUUUUUUUUUUUUUUUUUUGGUGAGGUUUUGGUGAGGCCAUGAAGUCUGUGUUAGGUUUGCAUCGUGCAGUUUAUUGGCUUAAAUGUACUCUCCUUUGGUGUGGUCUAUUUUGGAGCCAAUCUGGAUAAAGAGGAACCAAUAGUGCAAGUGUUUUGAUACUGAAAAUUGACAAAAUGUCCUUUGAAAUAAAGAACCAGUCCCUCCACCCUCAGAAA